GCGAUAAGUAUAAAAUGAAUGUUACGUGGAGUAAAAAAUAAUGGUAUCGGUAGAUGUAGUGUUGAGUGUAUGAUGGAUUGUAGUGUUUUUAUUGUUAACGGCAGACAAUGAGAACAUGCAACCGCGAUGAGCUCGCUAGGGUCGAACGGUUGCUCGUGUUGAACGACACCGGUGAAAGUGACUCCUCAUUGGGCUGUGUCACAGCCGGUUCAAAGCGUGUGUAUGCGCGCGUGUGUUGCAUUGACCACCGAUCGUAAAGUGAACUUUUUUUUCUUCGAACACAAACUUGUCAGGCAGCGCAUCUUCCACGCAUGCGCAGCCUCCUCAGCUCAAAAUAAGAGUUAAAAGAGAAACGAGUCUUGUUUUGCAGGAAUUUUUAAGGAUCCGGAAUGGCUGACACUCCACCCAGUGACGGCCCCUCGCAAGGUGCUGACUUUGACAUGAUGGGCGCUCUGGACUGGAAGGAUGGCAUUGCCACAUUGCCAGGCAGUGACAUCAGGUUCCGCAUGACAGAGUUUGGCACACUUGAGAUUGUGACAGACGUAGAAUUUAAAGGGCAGCAGUCGACGCCAAAAAAGGAUGGAUUGGACCCGGUGCCAUCUCACAGUCCCACUCCUCCACCAGAGGGUCAAUCGCAGACAAAAACAGCGCCCACGGUGGCUAAUAAUAUUCAGCCGGUAUCGUCUCAAGUGAAAGCCCCUGCUCCUGUUGUCUUAUCUUUGGAGGAGACGCCCACUUUAGAAAGCCCCAAAGUGGAAGUUGGUCCAAGUGUGGAAGUUGGUCCAAACGGGGACCUUACUCAAUGCCGAACCUGCGGUGGUCACGUUGCUCGGGAUGCCCUCCUACAGGGAAAGUUCUGUAGCCCCAAUUGUGCCCAGCCCACAAGUGGACGGUCAUCUCCUGGGGAGCCCCGGGACGGCCAAGCUGCCGAAAGUGAGACCUUAGGUAAACGUGUGCGAAAAAAGAGAAAAAUCUAUAUGGAUUCUGGCGAUGAGGAGGAAGACAACCAAGAGGAACCAGAAGAGAAAUCCAAGACUACCAAAGGCAGGAGAGCAGCCAAAAUGGCCAAACUUGCCACAGCCCCGCUGAACAAGAAGCGGGCAUGGAGCUGGCCGGCCUACCUGGAGGAGGAGCGGGCGAUCGCUGCUCCUGUCAAACUGUUCAAAGAGUACCAGUCGGUUCCUCAAAGCCGGAACAGUUUUAAGGUGGGCAUGAAGCUGGAAGGGCUGGACCCAUGUCACCCGUCUCUCUUCUGUGUGCUCACCGUGGCGGAGAUCCAAGGCUAUCGAGUGAGGCUUCACUUUGACGGCUACCCAGAGUGCUAUGACUUUUGGGCCAACGCAGACUCGUGGGAUUUGAAACCGGCAGGCUGGUGUGAGAAAAAUGGACACAAAUUAUUGUUGCCCAAAGGUUGUAAGGAUGGCGAGUUCAACUGGAGCAUGUACGUGAAGAACUGCCGAGGGCAGCUGGCACCCAAGCACCUCUUCAAGAGUCUCAACACCUCCGUGACUCCCUCCGGAUUUCGAGCGGGCAUGAAGCUGGAAGCGGUCGACAGGAAGAACCCGUCGCUGAUCUGCGUGGCAACCAUCGCAGCUGUGGUGGACAACAGACUUCUCAUUCACUUUGAUAACUGGGACGACACGUAUGAUUACUGGUGUGACGCUAGCAGCCCAUACAUCCACCCAGUAGGCUACUGCGAGGAGGCCGAGCUGACUCUGACCACUCCAGCUGGUAAGACACAGACCAAGACACAUGUGGAAUAUAAGCAACCAAAGAGUUUCUCCUGGGAGAAAUAUCUGGAAGAGACGAGCACACAGGCUGCUCCUGCUCGGGCUUUCAAACCGAGACCUCCACAUGGUUUUCAGGUGGGGAUGAAGGUCGAAGCCGUGGACAGGAGGAACCCGAUGCUCAUCCGUGUCGCCACCGUGGCGGACACGGAAGACCACCGGCUCAAGAUUCAUUUCGACGGCUGGAAUCCAGAGUACGAUUUCUGGGUGGAGACGGACUGCCCCGACCUGCACCCUGUGGGCUGGUGUCACAAAACUGGACACACUUUGCAGCACCCGAACAGCACGAACGAUGUGAGUCCUCCAGGACAGGGAUGUCCCACCCCAGGAUGCAACGGAGUCGGCCACAUCAGAGGACCUCGUUAUGGGACACAUUACACUCAGGUGAGCUGUCCCUACUCGGAAAUGAAUCUGAACAAAGAGAGCUUGCUCCCAGACCGUCUUAGCGGCGAGCGACCCCUCACGCUCGGCGGCGCCCUCCCCCGCGGGCGACGCCCCGAGCCCAACGCGGCUCCCGCCGCGCAAAUCGCCUCUGCCCCGGACCGGCUCGAGGCAACCGAUGACGCCCACUCCAGGAAACCACCUGAGGUGGAGUUGGAGCUGUCAGGUCGCAGUAGCCAGCCAGAGGCACUAAGAGGUGCUAGUGAGCAGAACCAGAAUGGAACCAAACUCAAAAGGACUGCUCCUCUUCCCAAAUAUUUCAAAAUGCACUACGUGAAAGAAGAGCCUGGCAAUGGUAAAGCCACCUCGGACUCCAUUUCCCUCCAGCAAGCCCUUCACGAGUCAGUGUUCUCCCCUGGCAUCUCUGCCGCUCCACCCCACCGGGUGGCGCUAUGCUGGGACAAACACUGUCAGUUGCUGCCCGAGGUUUUGGGGCUCACCGCCAAGAGGGUGGCGGGAUGGAGCACCGAGGAGGUGGCCAGUUUUGUAAAAGGACUUCCGGGGUGUAAAGAACAUGCAGCUACAUUUAAAACGGAGCAAAUAGAUGGCGAGGCCUUUCUGCUGCUCACCCAAUCGGACAUCGUCAAGAUCCUGUCCAUCAAGCUGGGUCCUGCCCUGAAGAUCUACAACUCCAUCCUCAUGUUUAAGAGCGCCGAUGAAGAAUAACUGGAGGCUCCCAACAGAAACGUUGACAGAAAAGCCAUCAACUUCAAUUAAUUGCUCGCUUCUCAAUGGACUUAAAAGUGGGAGGGGGGGGGGGUGUCCCUUGUAUUGUUUACUGAAACGUCCAAUAACUACAAACAGCUGCAAAAAUGUUCCUUACAUUGUUUGUGGGAUGUCGCACCCCCCCAAACACACACACAAUUUUUUUUUUUUUACAGCUUUCAAAGCUGGUUGAUCAAGCAACAUUGUUUUUGUUUGUUUUAAUGAAUGGCACUAUGAUUUGUUUUAUUCUCGCACUGUAAAGCAGGUGAGAACUGAGAACAGUAUUAGUGAUGUGACGGUGAAAACCCCUUUCUCAAAAGGAGCUGCUUCAGUUUUUUAAUGUAAUCUCAAAGUGUUGUUUGAAAUUUAACAACCCAUUGAACAAAAAAAACAAUACUCUGUAUAUACGCUAUAGUGAGGAUUUGAAGGUGUUUGUUUUAAGUGCACAGUGAGCUGUAGGUUUCCCCCCCCCCCCUCACUGGUCUAACUGGUAAUUCGCGAAAUUUCCUGUUUUUAUCAUUGCUUCGAUGGCACAUGAAUGUAAAAAAAAAAAAGCCCCAAUUUUUUUCUUUUGUCAUUGUAAAUAGAAUGCAGCUACACGAGGAUUUACUCCUGCUUGGUUAUGCAAAGAUUGCAGGUGAGAAAAAUGUACGAAAAUAGUUAAAAGGCAACAAACUGUUGGUCAUUUUGAGGCCUCUCACCAGUUUGGAACGUGUACACCGGUGAGUGUUUAUAUGCAAACAACUUAUUUAUGUAUUGUAAUUUAAGGGUUAACGUAUGCCAUCUUGGCUCCAAGGAGUGUGUAAGUGCGUGUGCGAGUUUAUGUAUGAAAUUAAAGAGAUGCACAUUUC